AAUCAUUCAACAGAGGGUGAAGUCCUAAAGUUUGUAGUUUACAUUGAAAAGCAAGAACCGAGGCAACAGCAUUUCUGAAAUUCGUCCCUUCUCAAUCGCACUUUGUUACUUGGACGUUUAUUAUUCUCUGGAGGCAAGAGAAGAUGGCGAUGAAAGGCUGCCUAAGCGUGACCAAAUAUUUCCUGUUUGUCUUCAACCUUUUUUUCUUUAUCCUGGGAGGUGUUCUGCUGUGCUUUGGACUCUGGAUCUUGUUUGACAGGAGCAGCUUUGCCUCCAUGAUAGGGUCUUCUACACCCACCUUGAAGAUUUGGUCCUAUGUGUUUUGUGGAGUUGGGAUCCUUACAAUGCUGCUGGGGUUUCUGGGCUGCCUUGGUUCAUUAAAGGAGAUCAAAUGCCUCCUUGGAUUUUAUUUUGCUUUCCUUCUUCUACUGUUCGCAGCUCAGAUUACUGUGGGUGUCCUGGUAUACACACAGCGCUCCUCAUUGAAUGCUGCAGUGGGAAAAUACGUGGAAAAUAUUAUCAAGAACUACGACAUUGUCGCAAACCAAACAGAACUUCAGGAAGGUCUGGACUUUGCACAGGAACAGAUGAGCUGCUGUGGUUGGUACGCACCUGAAGAUUGGAUGAAAAAUCAGAAAAUCUCUGAAAAUUCUUCAGUCAACUUGUAUCCUUGCUCCUGCAGAAAUACAUCUUCCCUCCCUUCUAACCCAAAAAUCAAUGGUACUGCUAAUGGGACUGACACCUCUGAGCCUAUAAUUGAGCACAGGAGUGGAUUCUGCACUGCAGGAUCAAGGAGCAACUGGCCUGUAUAUAAGACAGGCUGCAUGAACAGUAUUCAGACAUUCAUAUUGAAUAAUUUCAUCUGUAUUAUUGGAGUUUGCAUAGGCAUUGCCUUGCUGGAGCUCUUUGUCAUGACGUUGUCGAUGUGUCUGUGUAGAAAUCUAGACCAAAACUACAACAAGCUUGCACGCUAUUCGUAGAAGACUGUUAUGCUGCCUGGCACAGCCCGAGAAGUAAGAAGAUUGGAAACUCUGCACAUCCAGCCACAGCCAAUAAACUGCAUGUUCCCUUUCAGCUUGUGAACAGCACAGCCCCAUCCUCCCAUCCUUCCCAUUAGCAUCCUCUCCUCCCUUUGAUCUUGACCAUGGAUGGCCUACAUACAAAAGAGUUUGGAGCGUCUGGACUUCAUUCAAGACACCGCAUCAUCUCUAUACGGACAGCAAGAUCUGCUCCCCAUUAAACCUUAACCGCUCCACCCUAGACUCGUUUUUAUAUUUGGAAUAUUUAAACAAAAAUGUUAUACCACUUGCAGUAUUAAGCCCAGAGGAUGAACUGCCAUGUAAUACUCUUAGAGCAUUUUAUACUUCUCAUAGGGCUUUUGCUAUUGUCAGGCCUUUAAGACAAUAGUGACACCUAGAGGUCAUUAUGUGCAUAACAAAGACAUUCAUUUUUCAUUUUAUUUUUUAACUUCCAAAGUUACAAGGAUCAAGAAUGCUGAUGGAAAAAGAAAACAAGUUCCUCUUUGGAAUGGAUUACUAUUGUAAAUAGAUUUUCUUAUAAUAGCUAUUCACAUCAAUAUAUGUGUGUUCUGUGACCAGCUCAGUGGUUUGUUAUUGUUUGUUCUUUUUGCCUGUUUUAUACAAAUAUAGGAUUCGCAAUGAAUUGCCAUGUUCUCAUGGAAUAUAAUAGGAAAUGGCUCUUUGAGCCAUUUCAUUUCUUCUCCAGAGCCCGGCAUGUAUGACAGAUGUGAGGUAUUCAGGUUGACAUAAAUAUUAGGCUGAAUUAACACAGUAUUUUUUUUCUGCAAUUUUUAGCUGUGUUUUGGCAGACUGUAAAAAUGCACUUAAACAGCACAUGUAUUUUUACUGUUAAUUGGCGCCAUUUUUUAUUGUGUCAGCUGAAAAGACUGCACUGGCAGUAACUGUAUUGCACAACCAUGUGAAUUUGUUGUAAAAACACAUGCAGAUUUUCAAAUGUCCUUUUUCUUCUGUCCUUAAAAGCGCAACCAAUAUACACCCUGUGACCCCAACCUUAGGAUGGCCGCAUUUCUUGCGUACAGCCACAAGUCCCUGACCAUGGGUCAUCACACCAGUGGUCGGGCCAGGACUUUCAUCGAUAAUACAGACACAAAAUGUGACUGUAAUACACCUGCGUAUGGGACUUCUUUAAUAUCGGUUUUCUUGUGUUAUUGUGAGUUUUCUUGUCAUAAGUUUUUUAAAAAUAAUGUAAAGUAGAAAAAGAUAGUGGCAAUGGCACCUAACGGUCUAUUAAAAGAAUGCAAUAAAUUAAAUACUAGAGGUCCCACAAAUAUCCGAAAAAAUAGUGGUAGUCCAUAUACAUAAAGAAUGUCCUGCGUAACAGUGGUGCCUGGACAGAAUCAGUGCAAUUCAAUAAAUACCAGUUAGGCUGGGUUCACACUACGUUUUGUCCCAUACGGGAGCGCAUACGGCAGGGG